CAGCGAUGAAGUCCUCGAUCAUUAUCUCGUUUUUGUUCAGGUUCCCCUUCGUAACAUCAAACGGAACUACUCCGGAGCUUUCGCCCUGUGGAACACGUUCCACAAACUUCAGGAAACCCCUGAUAGUAGGCGGAGGCGCCGUCUCCGCAGCUGGCCAGUGGCCAUGGCACGCUUCAAUCUGGCAGCGUGCGUCCCGAACCACACACGUAUACGUCUGCGGUGGAACGCUAGUCAGCGAGCUGUACGUUCUGACCGCAGGUCACUGCGUCUCCAAGGACGGCAACGCGCUCAACGAGCGGCUGCUCGCCGUCCAGAUGGGUUCCGUACGACAGAACCUGCUCCUGGGCGGCCUCACCGUGCAGAACUUCGCCGUGGCGGAUGUCUUCCUGCACGAGCAGUUUACCGAGCGGAGCUUCCAAGCGGACAUUGCGCUACUGGCGCUUCGAACCAAGGCGAACGUGGACGAGUUCGUCCGACCGAUUUGUUUGCCGAAGCCCACGGAAGACGCGGGUCAGCUCACGGGUCGCGAAGCGGUAACGGUUGGGUUCGGGAUGACCGGGUCGGCUCCGACUUCGGAUCAGCUCCGACAGCUGCGCGUACCGAUCGUGGAUUACGUGACGUGUCUGGAGAGCAACCGGGAAGUGUUUGGGAGGGCGCUGUCGGCGGGAAUUCUGUGCGCUGGCAGCACUGCGGGAAGUACGGUGUGCAACGGGGACAGUGGCGGGGGAUUGUUUACGGAGGAGGACGAUGGGAGCUGGACACUGCGAGGAGUUACAAGCUUUACGGUGCAGCGGGGCUGGAACGAUAGCAGCUGUAGCUUGAAGGACUACUCGGCGUUUGUUAAUGUGGCGAGGUACUUGGAAUGGAUUCGUUACGUGGUGCAGAACGGGGAGCAGGAGGGGUUCUUCCGGAAGGAUCAGGAAAGAGAAAUUACGGAAGCGAUGAAGGUUAAAGCGACUGCUCCUGAAGUUAGGAUUAGUGACAAAAAAUGUCGCGAAUAUCGAAAGCGUGGAUUAACGGUGGACGCAUCGAACGUACCUGGUCAGUUCUACCUUGAGAAAGACGGCAAACCACUGGGAUUAGUUCAUUUUAUAAGCAAUGAGUACGCGCUCACGACGGCCGAAAUGGCGCUUGAUUGUGUCAAGGAUGGUGCCGCAUGUGAAUCGUUUCGUGGAACUCGUGUCCAGGCGGUGAUCGCACAUCCCGAAUACAGUGGAGGACGAGACUUCAACGUGGCGUUGGUGCUGAUGCCGCCGGCUACCGAACCGAUCUGGUGUCUAGCGACGGAACCAUCGUCAAAAUUGUAUUUUGAAGGUCGUCAGCUCAAGCUGAGUGCCGUUUCCGCGGAACGUCCAACCUGGCUCGAGUUUGACCUGGACGCGUUCAUCCCGUCGAAGCGCGGUGCCGUGGUGUACACCGACCGGCGCUAUCUGGCCGGACUGAUGCACUAUCCGCCCUACGAGGACGUCGUAAUGACCAACGUGACCGCCGUGCUCGGCUGGAUCGAGUCCGUUGUGUGGUAAUCCGUACAGACGCUCUCGUGUUAAGCUGCGCUGUUUACCAUCGACCGACAUUAAAUUGUUAAUUGCUGGCGUUUAACAACGGUCCGUCAUUAAAAUGCAGCAAAAAUAACAUUACAAAUGCAUCUGCACCGUGGAAAAACGAGACGCCUUUUUG